GUGAGGGUUUAAGGCGAUGAGAAGCAGAAGACUAGGGUUUUUCGAUUCCUACUGUUUUGGGGUUUUUCUCCAUUUACAUUAAUCCAAAUGGAGUUUAAUUAGCCAAAAAAAUAACUCUAAAUUUCAAACUACUGUACAAAUGGAUUCCAUCGAUGACGAUUUUGGCGAGUUAUACGCCGACGUUGAAGCUCAGGCGAGCUUUGCAAUCAAAUCAAUGUACAUUGAACCGGAGUACGAUUACAAAGACAUUAACAUUACCGCCGGGGAGAAACUGCUGUCCGGUACUGAUGGACACAACCAAAUGACUGAUGAAAGUGAUAGUGAGGAUGAACUGAACAUAGUUGUGAACGACGAUGAUUGCGGGAAGUUGCCGGUGACUGGUGCCAGGAGUCAUGGAGGUUAUGAGGGGGAGGAUGGGGAUAUUACUAUUGAGGGGACUGGUUUGAAGAAGAAUCAGAGGCAGGGGGACCCUGUUGGUGAUGGGUUGGAGCUGAAUCGUAAUGUGCUUAAUAGAGCAAAAAGAACCAUGGAUGUGUCCCUUUCUCAGUUCAAGGCUAACGUCCAGCAAGCAAGAGCUCAUGGAUCAGCAAAUCGAAGAAAUAUGGGAAUCAGUGGAUCAAAAUCCUCUUGUACCAUAUCAGGUAGGGAGGGUGGGAGCUCAGGUCAUGUUGCUAAUUUAUAUGCUACUGCCAGUUCGCUUCUUCCUCAGUAUGGAUAUGGUUUCUCUCAUCCGUGGUGUAGGAAUAUACUGGAUGUGGAUUUUAAUUCCCUUGAGGAGAAACCAUGGAGGUAUUCUGGAGCAGAUAUAACUGAUUUCUUCAACUUUGGUUUCAAUGAGGACAGGUGGAAACGGUACUGCAACUUCCUUGAAAACUGUUGGCGACAAGCAUCCAUGCAAACUAUCACGCUUCCUGAUUCUUUGAAACUAAACCAGCUGCAAGGAAGAGCAAUUCAGGUCAAAGAGAGCAUAAGUGAGCGCCAAAUAUCAAUGGAUCUCUGGUCUCCACGUUUCCAGGAUUCUGAUGUUGUUAUACAGAUCCCUCUGCAGGAUUCCAUUUUGGUGCCCUCUGGUUCUGUCAAUGGGGAGACAGGUCAAAGUGCACAUGAAGUAUCAAAACAAGGGAAUUUAGAUGCAGAGGAUAAUGAAAAGUUCCAUGUCACGAGCCAUCCUGCUGAGGAUGACCUGCAUGCCGUCUAUCUAGAAGAGAAAGUUAAAACUGUUGCAUCUUAUGCAUCAAUAAGGUCUUUGCUGCCUAAAACUCCAUCUGAUCAGAAGUCUUUAGAUACUGACAAUGCUGGAAAUGAUAAGAGCCUUGAUGACGAUGGACAUUGCCAUGGAAAGAUGAAAGUUCUCACAUCAGAACAAACUGCUGAAGCAACAGAAACAACAAAGAAAGGAAAGGAAGUGGUUAUCACAAAUACACGCCUGUCAGAGUCGUGCUUUGUUGUCAAAGAAUCAUCACUUGGCAACUCGAGUCAUCUAAGUCUUUCUACUUCUUGUUUUGAAAGUGAUUCUGACAUUCAAUCCAAUGAAAGUGUUGAUGGUGAUUCCAUUAAAGUUCAAGGUCCUUUAAUAAGGCAACCACAAGAUUCAGGCAAUGAGUUGCAGGACUCAGGAGCAUCAGAUUAUAAGACUUCAAGAAGAGAUGGCAGAAAAAGAAAGCAAGAUGAUGACAAGCCUCAUUCAAGAUGUAGUUGUCCCAGUCAAGACACACAGAAGCAUCAAACUGGGGAAUGUCAUGGUUCUGGUAAAGAAAAGAUCCACCUUGAAAGUGAGUACAAUGCUCUGCCAAUGUCAGAUGAAAAGGGCGAGAAGAAAACAUAUCCAAGAAAUAGAAGUUCAGAUCAAAAGGAUAGCAAGAAUCAUAGUGGUAGACAUAGCAGUCUGACCAAGAUGGACGCUGAGAACUGCAAGAAUACUUUUCCCAUUUCUCGAGUGUAUGAUAAGGACUGCUCUUCUUUUGCAUGUGGGAGACAAAAGGAAAGACCUCAUAAUUUUGGCAAUUAUGACAGAGAACAUUGCUCAUAUUACAGGAAAAGGGGACCUUACUGUUAUAAUGGUGAAAGGUUUGCUUAUAACCAUUUUCAAGCUGUUCACAGAAAACAUCCCCAUUUAAGAGCUCAUCAUAGACCCAGAGAUCAGUCAGAUCAAUAUGUUCGGAAGAAUUGGAAUGUAUCUGAGUACUUUAACAAAAGAAAAGCUGGUACAUAUAUUGAAGAUGGCAUGACUAGAAAUCCAUACAGGGAUUCCAGGGGAUCAUUGUCAGGGUAUUCCUCCACUUUGAAAAGAAGAGAUAAUCAAUGGAGAAAGGGAAAUGACAGAGUCAAACUUAGGAAGAUAACUGAUCAUGCUGGCUAUCUGUUUGAUCAUAAAGAUGAAAAGGAGCAGCAGCAAAACACGUAUAAGCGAGCUUUUUCAUUCACAGACCUUGAAAGAGAUUUGUUGGUCAAAACAUAUGAAAAAUGCCUACCAGUAAUUGAGAGAGAAGUGAAAGUUUCUGCCAGAAGGUUUCAACAUUGUGAUACUGCUUUCCAUAUGAAUAAUUCAUGGUCCAUGGAAACUGAAGAUGCCUAUCACAGAGAUGCAGGUUCGAAAUCUUUCUUCUCAAAGAUUCACCGAGGAAGAUGGCAUCAUAGACUUUCUCCAAGAAACAAAUUCUAUGGCUCUAGAUUAAGUAAACAACACUCUAGGCGCUGGAAACAAACAUGUCAUGAGGAAUUUGGAGAGAGUGAUUGGUAUGGGGGCUAUAAUGAUGUUGAUGACACCGAGGAUGAUUUCAUAUCUGAUGAUAAUCAGAUUUGUCCAUGGGAAAGAAGCUAUAGCCAGCGAUCUAAAGGACAGCAUUGGACAGACGAUGAAUUAAUUUUAAGGCAUCAGGAUUAUCAAUUUCCUGCUGAAAAUGCAUUAUUUCCUUAUGAAGAAACUUCAACGCAAGAUAUCAUUCAUGGUUCUCCUGGAUCCCUCCAGGAUAGGAUGUUUGUUGACGGUUUGCAGAUGGGGCAUCCUAGAUACAAACUAGUGAGAGAAAGAACUAAGGUCAGCUGUUUACAUAGAAAUUCAAAUUCUUAUAGAGGUGAGGAUGUGCAGAUGGUCCAGAAGUGCAGGGGUGCAGUAAACUUGAUUGUUGGGGAAGGAAAGGUAAAGUUGGGGACAAUGAGGUCAAACACCCUGUAUCAUUGUACUUGUAGAUAUUAAGCGUUCCACAUCCAUUGAGCAAGUCUUCGUUAUUAUUAAUGCCAUCUCACUUUGUGUUUCUUCCUUUUCUUUUUAUUUCAUCUGUUUUUCUGUCUCAUCUUAUUUGAUUUCAGGCAUUCCUGUCAUAGUGUCAUAUCUACCUUGUUGUCAUCAUGCCCCUUUUGUUUCAAUCUAGGCAUUUUGAUAUGAUAAAUACAAAUGCCUCUCAAUGGAAGUAGGCAGUGCAUGCUGCAUUUUCCUUGUGCAGCUUUAAAUAUUUGCAGUUCAUUGCUUGACUUCCCAAAAUGUGGUCUUUUGCCAAGUUGGGUGUUCUAGAUGAAGUGAUGAACCAGUCUCAUGAUUGUUUGGUCUUAGAAAGAUGUCUAAACUCUUUCAGUUUUUGCUAUUUAGGGCAUUUACUACUACUUGUUAUGUGUGGAAUUCACUCUUGGAUCACUUAUCCGGUUAUAACUAUUGUCAUAGAUAUAGCACAAGAUGGUUUCUAUGUAGUGAAAAAUCAGAUUUCCUCCAAAAAAUGAAAAAAAAAAAAGUGCUGGCAUCAACACCUUAGGGAUAAUUACUAACCAUAUUAAGAAGUUGGUAAUCUCUGCUUGACCAUGUCUGUCUUGAUGUGGCAAAAAUUCAUCUUAGAGAGCAAUUAUCAGAAAUUUCACAACUUUUUUUUUUGUUUAAAUGGACUUGCUUUUGCUAACUCUCUUCUUCCUUUUUUUCCUUGACAAAUUUGCUUGUAUUUACUCUCUCCCAAAGGCCGAGUUGCUGUGUUUCUAGUUUUUCAGAUAUUGUCUUUCCUGUCUAUGCAGCACUUGAUCUUUCUCAUCAAAUAACAGUUAUUAUAUUGU